CGGCCAUUGGUUUAAUGGUGGAAAAUCACAGGAAUGCCGAGCUUCUCGCUGCCUGUGACACGUCCAUUGACAUUGUUCCUUCUCGCUGUUACUGACAACCAGACCCACACUGACUGCAGCAGACUUGACUGGAAUAAACUGGGAGAUUCAGGAGUGAAACUGGUGUCUGCGGCUCUGAGGAACCCGGAGUGUAAAAUACAGAAACUGUGGCUGGACAAUGUCGGUCUCACAGAUUCUGGUGCCGAGGAUCUCCUCUCCACUCUCACUGCAAGCCGAUCACUGACGUUGCUAGACCUGGUAUCAAACUCGCUCACGGACCGAUCUGUCCCCGCUCUCCACCACCUCAUAUUGGCUCUCCCGAGUCUGGAGCGCAUCGGCCUGUGGGACAAUCGGUUCAGUCGGACCGGGAUGAAGGAACUGAGAUCUCUGCAGCAACAAAGACCCCGACUGACUGUGAUUCUGAAUGAAAGUGGAUCUGUGGUCAUCUGAAUGUGUGACCAUACCAGCCCGUGAGAUGGAGACAUUCUGGCUUAUUCCCCGCCCUCCCCUUUAAUGCUGCUCUCCAGGUUUACUUCACGACGGUUCUAACGGACUCCUUGGCGCCGGCCGAGCAUUCUGGUACGUCAGACGCAGGUUGGCCUCCUGCCCAGUGGCGCUUCUUCCUCCGGGUGACCGGGUUCUGAGCUCCCCCAAAUCAGAGCUUGUGGAAUUACAGACAGGAAUAUCCCGGGGACGGGUCGCAAUCUGAGACACCAGUUUUCCAGGGUGGGAUUAUCUGGGGAGAGAAUCCUUGUUGCUCAGUUUGGACAGAAGACGGUGCUUUCGGCAGUCCAGCUAAUAUCAUAAUGUUAAAUUGAAAAAUUCUCGGUAGUGACCCUGGAUCUGCAGCGAUUUCGGACACGGCCCUGCAGUGUGAUUUUAUAAUCUUCGGUUCCCCGAUGCAGAAUGACGGUGAGAAAGGGGACUGAUUAUUCAACCUGUCACUCGUUG